AUGAACCGAAAAAGGACUGCGAACUCAAAAUAUAUUGAGUUUUUCUAUUGCAUAUGUAAAGGUUCAUACACGGGCACAAAUGCUUCAUCAAUAACUUGCAAAAUUUGUAAAAAACAAAGUCACCGUAUAUGCAUACAUUAUAACGGUCCGGACAAAGAUUUUGAGUGUAUGUUAUGUAAGGUACAACUCUUGGACCCAUUUAAUACAGUGGAAGAUUUUUUGUGGUAUGAUUCUUUGGGGAAUACAACUAAAACUUUUACCAUUGAUGCUACGAAUAUAAAAAAAUGGAGAUCGCAAAACAAGGAUAUUUAUAUGGCUUCAAUUCCAUUUAAUAAGGAAAAAUUACAACACGAAUGGCCAAAGUCCAUGGAAUUAAAGAUUAAUAGUGACAUCAUACACGUAGUUAAGGAACCUACAUGGGAGCACAAACGGCGUGACAAUCCAAUUAAAAUUACAUAUGCCAUGCGUCCAGGGAAGAAUGCAGUAGAAAUAUCAAGUUCUACAUAUAACGAAACUGAACCACUUUUUUUAGUAAUCAUGUUUUUAUCGAAACAGGUUACAGUUGAUCGCAUAAUUGAUAUAGUAAAGAAAAAGCACGUAAUAUCCUACGAUGAUUCAUUAACUCGUAUUUCCACUAUAAUUAAUAGGAAUGUAGGUGACGAUGAUAUAGUUUGCAUGGAGCACACACACAGAAUUGAUUUGAACUGUCCUGUUACUAUGGACAGAAUAACCAUUCCAACUCGUGGAAGAUACUGUGAACAUAUACAGUGUUACGAUUUGGAUGGAUAUUUGAGGGUCAUGGAAAAAACUUCUGCGUUCAAUAUGAGAUGGAGAUGUCCAGAAUGCCAGUUGAUUGUGAAGCCUUAUGACCUAGUAAUUGAUAGUUUUGUACAGAAGAUCAUCCAUGAUGUUCCACCGUCCGUUUCUAGGGUUGAGUUAGAUAAAGAUGCUAAUUAUACUAUUUUUUUAAAUGAUAUGGCAUUUGACUCGAGACCUGUAAGCACAUUGCAACCCUCUUCCAAACUAAUUUCACAAAAUGAUACGAAUUUAUGCAUGCAACCAUUUGAUCAGCAUAUAGAUUAUGAUAAGAAAUAUUCAACAAAUUCUGAGGGAGAAUCAUAUCUAAAUAACCCGGGAAAUGCUAAUAUUGAUCAUCGGACUGAUGAUCUUAUCAUUCUUGACUCUGAUGAUGACAUAAACACAAAAAUUCAGAGAUCUAUACAGCCUGAAGUCAUAUACAUUAGUGAUCAUGAUAGCUCCAAUACUGAGGAUUCCAUGACGAACAUCGCAUCUGAGAGUGCAUUUUAUACAGGAUCUCACGGAUUUGAAUACAGCAAAGUUGGAUUUAUUAGAGAGAGACCCUUUACUGAAUGCAAAGAUACAAAGUAUCAAUAUACGUUAACGCCAGAAUCUCAAACUAGGGAUAAUUUAGGUAAUACCAAAAGGGAACUUAAUGAGACUAUGGAAUCAAUAGUAAGCACUGACUCUAACACAGUUUCAAAGAGGAAUAGAAACAAAUCUGAAACGCAUGUAUUUAAAGGUAAAUCCAUUCGUAAUUCCACGUUAACUGCCUCUUCUCUAAUCUCAGAGGGAAGUUCUCUGGGAUCAUUAAACGAAAAUCUUGUUCCCUAUUCGGUAUCACGUGACUCUGUUGCUAGCGACAUCACACUAAAAUCACCACAAAUGUAAAUUAUAUAUUUGU